UUUCUUCCUUAACGAUUUUCGAGUGCCGAGUGUUGAAGUUGCGUUCGGAGCCCGUCCAAAAAGGAGUGCAGAACCUAUUUUCGCUUCGGAGAACGAAACCCCUUCUGCCAUGCAAAAUCGAUAGCUGUAGCUUGCUAGCAUACGAUAUCCUUGGGGUUUCAGACUAAGUAGUGGUAUAAUAGAUAAUUAUUUCGAUGUUAUUUUCAUAAAUAGCAUGGAAAAAGUGUUUGUGGCACCAUUAUUUUGGCUGCGGUUUGUGUUCGGGUCGCCCACAGCCCCGUAGAUAGCAGUUACUUCAGAUGGCAGGCUACUCAGAGACGUCUAGCGAGCGAGGCGCAGCCUGCCUACUGUAACGUUAUGUCGGCCCCGAUGUCCUCAAGUAGGCUAUAGGACGUUGUGUAUGUUUGAGCAAGUCAAAUAGGUCACCAGGGCGAAACUCAGGUGUUACAUGUAGCGCUUGAAUCGAUUUAGAUGGACUGUAGAGAGUAGACCCUCUGAAAACCAUUUCAUGACAAACAAGCCGACGCCUCGUGUUUAUUGUUUUUGUUCUGGCAUCGAAAGUGUUCAAAAUACCCCCCUGCAUCAGUUCAAAACACCUUACCCUGUGGGUUAUUUUGGGGAAGUUGUCGGUCCCCUUGUCAUUGCCCCCAUAUCUCACACGGUGUUAAGGUGUAAUUACAUAGAUUAAUGUCAGCGUGAAUGCCUGGUUAUGGAAAUAAUUGUGUCUAAAUGUGGAGUAGCUUGCUCUGAGAAAUGGUAGGCAAGAUAGAUACAUACUUAUUAGGUGUCUGUAUGGCCUGUAGGCUAGGCAACACAGGACAUGACUGUUUGUUUUGUAACUUGUUUACCAAAUGAAACCGGGCUCUACAGUCAUGUAACAAUUAUUUCAUACAAAUAAUAUGUAAUUGUCUAAUUGGUUUCUGCUGAUUUUAGAAUGUUUGCUGAAAUGUAAUGUCUGCUGGAUUAGAAUGUCUGGUGAAUUUCAUUGACUGUUUAAAAUGCCCAGAUGUGUCAGAUUGUCUCCAUGCAUAUGGAAAUCUCCCCGACCUCUCACGUACUCGAUAACGGUCCAAUCAUGUUUUGACUAUUUUCAUCUCUUCAAUAUUGUUUGAUUUGAGUGCGUCGGCAUGCGCUUCAGUUUUGCUGCAUUCUUUUUAUUAAGUAUUGUUUAGCAUCUCCGCAUUUUCAUUUUUACAGAGAAUCAGAAAUUCUAGAACAUUCUUUCAGAAGAAGCAUAUGGAAUAGACAACAUUGUGGAAAGUUUACUGCUUCUUGGUAGUAAAUGAGAAAGAAACCCACCAGGAGCCACAUUUUCUCAAGCGGGUGUGAAGUGCAGUUCGACCCAAUUAUACAUGAUCGUGCUGUGGAAGGGUCAAUGAUCUCUGCUGAAGAUGUUAAGUGAAUUUCAAGGAAUCCCUUUUUUGUGACUACUUAAGAAGGCCAAAUUGAUAUCAUUCACAGCUCAGCAUAAAUAGAUUAGUCAUAUUUUGACACACACCUCUAUUUUCAUGAUUUAUUGGAUUAUUUCGUAGAUUACUGUUGAUGUUAUUAACUAAAAUAUACAUUUGUGUAUUAGAAGGUAGGGCUGUGACAGUCAUGGAAUUUUGCAUGACUGUAAAAUGACCAGCCAAAUGACCGUGGUCUCGGUCAUAACCGUUUUGAGUCGCAUUGGUUAUCUAUAAUUUUUUUUAAUGAACACAUUUUUAAAAUGUAAAAAAAAAAAACUGUCCUGACUGCAUGUACUGCUAUAGAAAUAGAAUGAAUAGAACAGGAAUCCUCAUUCAAAUGAAUGAUGGCAUAAUGGGUGGCGGACAUUGCGAGUGUACCCAAAGGAGCAAAGUUGGAAGUAAAAGCAGGAAGUGUACCCAUCAAUAUGGGCUGUGAUUUGUUGAUUCAGCUCAAUUGGCAUAAAAAAAAAAAAACAUUCCAUUGCAUGAGCCACAUCAGUUAACAUAAUUUAAAUGAACAUUCUACAUUACGGCGGCAGGUAGCUUAGUGGUUAGAGCGUUGGACCAGUAACCGAUAGGUUGCUAGAUCGAAUCCCCGUGCUGAAAAGGUAAAAGUCUGUUGUUCUGUCCCUGAACAAGGCAGUUAACCCACUGUUCGUAUGCCAUCAUUGUAAAUAAGAAUUUGUUGCUAACUGACUUGCCUAGUUAAAUAAAGGUUACACACACUCUGGCCAAAGUUAUUUUGUUGGCAUGUAUGUAUGUCCCCAUUACCAGUAAAAUAUAAUCAGAAGCUAUUUUUCACUUACUUGCUGUGCUGUUUCAUUGUUCAUUUGUUCAGUCGUUUCAUUCUCAACCAGGAUUUCAUCAUACAUGUCAAGCAGUGAAGUUUCAGCUCUGUCUGUCCGUGGCCUCUCUUCCUCUGUGCACACUGUUACUGUGUCCGUUUCCAUCUUGUCCAGCUGUGUCUAACAUUUCACGUAAACCCUGUUUCUUGUCUGUAUCGAAGUAGCGGUCCUUGUACCUAGCAUCGGGCAUGGUGUCUACACAGUAUAGAGGCUCAGAGAAAAUUGCCCUAGGAGUGUGUUCAUGUUUCCAAGUUCCAAACAUGUUCUCAAGUGCCAUUGAAAUGGCAGCAGCGGUAUGAGAACCAGCACAUUCUUGAGCAUGCAAUACAGCUUUCCUCAGUACAAAAUCCUUGUUGACCCACUGUGCUGUCAGACAGCAUGCUCAUGGGGCUGACAUCGUUGGUCCAAAUGUCAGUCGUGAAGUUAAUAGCAGUGACCCCCAUAGCAAGUAGCUCAUGGAUGUGUUUCAACAAUACUGUGUAACUCCGGUAGGGCAACAUCUGAAAAAUAGUGCCUUCUUGGUCGACGAAAGCCAACAUCACCCACGACAGAGAACGGUUGAUUGUCAAGGCCAAUGAAUUCCAUUAUCUUGGCGUUAAUUUAUUUCACCUUUGAGUUGUCUCGCUGAAAUGUUCUUACUCUUUCAAAUGACUGCUGGACUUGAACUUGUUUAAUUGUUGGAAGUGUGCACUUAGUAUUUUUCUGCUUUUGUUCUGUGUAACGCUGUAUUUUUCGUGGCGUCAUUAUGCCAUCUGCCUACGUUAUAUAGGUAUGCACGUCAGCUUUGACAUCGGUUUUGGACAUCAGCGUUAAACUAGACAUCAUGCCGAUGUUGGCAUUUUUAGCUAAUAUUGGCCGAUUCUGAUAUGCUCACCGAUUUUAUAUAUUGUGCAUCACUACAAAUUAUAGGGUAUUUAAUUUUUUCAGCUUCAGUAUAAAAUUCCAAACACUUAAGACAUUGUCAAUAACCAUCAAUAUCCCUAAUGUUGGAUGUUAAGAAUAAAAUGUCUCUUAUAAUGGCUGUUUGGAUUCUUCGUAAAGCACAUUGCAUUUUAUUCAUCCCUUUUUAGUGAGUUUGCUUAUAAAAAAUAAUACUCCUGAUUCUACCAGACUAUUGAUUGAUACAUAUGAUCAUGUUUGACUUUAAGUGAAGGUAAUGGAUGAGAUGGUAGAAUAAAUUUUUGGCAACUUUUGAAUACACAGUUCUUUCUGUGAGAAAUGUCUUGUUGUGGAUAUAGAUACCCACCUUCUUUGUGGUAUGUGGCUCCUGUUGGCAUGGUUUCAUUUCGGCCCCUAAGCCCUUCCCCUAGGGGCCCUACCACUUCACUGUAAGAAAUGGAUAGCAGAGAAUGAGUAAUCAGUAUACAGUGCAUUCGGAAAGUAUCCAGACCACUUUUUAUACAUUUUGUUACGUUACAGCCUUAUUCUAAAAUGGAUUAAAUCAUUUUCCCCAACAUCAAUCCCCACGCAAUACCCAAUAUUGACAAAGCAAAAACAGGUUUUUAGGAAUUUUUGCAUAUUCAUAAAACCUUAAACUGAAAUAUCACAUUUACAUAAGUUUUCAGACCCUUUGUUGAAGCACCUUUUUGGCAGCGAUUACAGCCUUGAGUCUUGGGUAUGACGCUACAAGCUUGGCACACCUUUAUUUGGGGAGUUUCUCACAUUCUUCUCUGCAGAUCCUCUCAAGCUCUGUCAGGUUGGAUGGGGAGCGUCGCUGCACAGAUAUUUUCAGGUCUCUCCAGAGAUGUUAGAUCUGGUUCAAGUCCAGGCUCUGGCUUGGCCACUCAAGGACAUUGAGACUUGUCCCGAAGCCACUACUGCAUUGUCUUGGCUGUGUGCAUAGGGUCGGUGUCCGGUUAGAAGGUGAACCUUUGUCCCAUUCUGAGGUCCUGAGCGCUCUGGAGCAGGAUCGCUCUAUACUUUGCUCUGUUUUUCUUUCCCUCGAUCCUGACAAGUCUCACAGUCCCUGCCCCUGAAAAACAUCCCCACAGCUUGAUGCAGCCACCACCAUGCUUCACCAUAGGGGUUGAUGCCAGGUUUCCUCUAGACGUGACGCUUGGCAUUCAGGCCAAAGAGUUCAAUUGUGGUUUCAUCAGACUAGAGAAUCUUGAUUCUCAUGGUCUGAGUCUUUUAGGUGCCCUUUGGCAAACUCCAAGCUGGCUAUCAUGUGCCUUUUACUGAGGAGUGGCUUCUGUCUAGCCACUCUACCAUAAAGGCCUUAUUGGUGGAGUGAUGCAGAGAUGGUUGUCCUUCUGGAAGGUUAUCCCAUAUCCACAGAGGAACUCUAGAGCUCUGUCAGAGUGACCAUUUGGGUUCUUGGUCACCUCCCUGACCAAUGCCCUUCUAACCGAUUGCUCAGUUUGGCCGGGCGGCCAGCUCUAGGAAGAGUCUUGGUGGUUCCAAACUUCUUCCCUUUAAGAAAGAUGGAGGCCAGUGUGUUCUCGGAGACCUUCAAUGCGGCAGACAUAUUUUGGUAACCUUCCCCAGAUCUGUGCCUUGACACAAUCCUGUCCCGGAGCUCUACGGACAAUUCCUUCGACCUCAUGGCUUGGUUUUUGCUCUGACAUGCGCUGUCAACUGUGAGACCUUUUAUAUAGAUAGGUGUGUGCCUUUCCAGAUCAUGUCCAAUCAAUUGAAUUUACCACAGGUGGACUCCAAUCAAGUUGUAGAAACAUCUCAAGGAUUAUCAAUGGAAACAGAAUGCACCUGAGCUCAAUUUCGAGUCCCAUAGCAAAGGGUCUGAAUAAUUAUGUAGAUAAGGUAUUUUCUAAAAACCUGUUUUCACUUUGUCAUUAUGGGGUAUUGGGUUUUAGAUUGAUGAGCAAAACAAUGAAUUUAAUCCAUUUUAGAAUAAGUCUGUAAUGUAACAACAACAAAAAAGUGAAGGUGUCUGAAUACUUCCCGAAUACACUGUAAUGAUGUUCCAUCUAGCUCUUCAAGACCCUUAGCUCCAUAAGUGGAGCUCCUAUAGGGCUUUCAUCUGUCCGGUCUUUUCAAAUGGGUAGGAGGAUGGCUAGGAUAAGGGACUAGAGAUCAAAAUGGAACUGGGCAGUACUUUUAUAUCAGUGAAAACUUAAAGUAUAUGUGUAUACAGAAUAUAUGUGGAAGGGUUUAUACCAGUGGUCAUCAACCGGUCAAUCAACUAGGAAUGCCUUGAAAAUGGUGUUGACGUUUGGUGCACUUGAUUCAGAAGCCUUGUGCACCAGGUAAACAAAGUUUUCCCAUUUUGAACCAUUUCAUUUGUCUGAAAAGAAAACCUCUGCCUACCUGGCAGACCGGGAAAUCUGUGGCUAAAUCGAGGCUUACUGCACUGGCCAACCGGAUAGCUCAAAACCCGCUCCUACAGCGCUUCCUUGACCCCUGUCACAGCAAAGUUUUAUUCUGGCCUACGUGAGAUCGAAUAACUUUUCAAACCAUGACCACAGAGAGAAUGUCAAAGAAUACAGCAAAGAGCUGCUGUUCUUAUGAGUGAGUUAAUGUAACAACAACAAAAUAUUCAGCAAUGAGAGGCAUACCCUCUGCUGCUCUCUCCCUCCCUCCACUGAAACUAAUGCCACGUUCACGACAACUGGGAACUCUGGGGGGGGUGGGGGGGGCGCGAGAUCCGACUGGGGAAAAAUCGCUUUGAAUGGUCAUCCAACUCAGAAUUCUAUCUUUCUAGACCUCCGACUUUCCGACCUGAAGAUCACUGACAUCAUGAUUUGACCUCGGUUUUUCCCCAGAGUUCCCAGUUGUCUUGUUCAGUACCAUGACCAUCAGGUGCAGGUAUCAUCAGUCCAGUAAAAAUAAUAAAAAAGCAAAUUAUUUCAGUUUUUGCUCAGCUGUGCCUAGGGUUGUGGCGGUCACAAAAUUUCUUCAGCCGGUGAUUGUCAAGCAAAUAACUGUCAGACUCACUGUAAUUAACCGUUAACUAACAUAAACACAUUUAGCAUCUCCUGGCUUCAACACAGCCUGCAAGCCAUUUUAAAAAGUCUAAUAAAUCCAUGUAAUAUAGCCUACACCUUCACAAUAAGUACAUUAUUUAUUCUAGACAGGUCUAAAGAAGCGUGAUAUGAAGAAAAUGUAGUCUAUUUCAGAAGAAAAGAAUAGCGUACUCUUGAGUUGUCCUGAGGCUAUGCCAAAUGGCUGUGGGCUACACUAGUUCAUUUAGCAGACAAGAUGUGCUUAGAAUUUGUUGCUAUUAUUUUAUAGUAUGAAGAAUACAAUUGAACAAAGCUGAUUAAAAUAUAAAUAUUUUCUCCAAACGAUUGGAGGGAGUGCGCACAUCGCUCAACGCUAUUCUGCGUUGAGCGGCUAACAAAAAAAUAGGUACACCUAUAUGCUUAAUUUAGAGUUAUUAAUGUAACUUUAGUUGUUCUACAAACAUUGGGCUAUAUGUUUUGAUUUUUAAUACAUUGUAAGGCUCAGGCAGGUUACUUUAUAAAUGUUAUCCGUUACAGUUACUAUUUACCGGUCCAAAUUGUAAUCAGUAACGUAACUUUUCGAUUACCCAAACUCAGUAACGUAAACUAAUUACAUUCAGUUACUUUUAGAUUACUUUCCCCUUAAGAGGCAUUAGAUGAAGACAAAAAUGUAUGUUACCAAUUGAACGACAUCUAUUGCAGGAUAAAUCAUUGUUAAAGUUUACAUAGCUGACCAUAUAUGGAUGUUAAAUUUUACUUUAUGUGUUUGUUAUAUUGGCUUCUUCUAACCCAUCGCUUUCUACUACAUAUAAUAAUACCAUUCAAUUAUAUCUUUACAUUAAAACCCAAAGUAUCAGAAUUCCAGUUAUUCCAAUAAAUGUUAUACUCCCUGAUCUUCAAGAAUAGGACUUGAAAGUAUGGAAGUAUAGACUAGCCUAAUGGUUUUACCUGAGCAUAACCCCAAAACUAAAGAUUUCGUAGCAAGCCCUACUCUGUUGUUUAUGAUUUAGUUGUCAUGGAGGACUGAUUGGGCUCAUUGAUUUGAGUUGAAAUUAAAAUUAAAUGCUGCGCUCAUUGAAUGGCAUGCUUUGAGCACUAUUGAAAAGUGCUAUUUACAUGUGAAAAAUGAAUGCCAUAUGCUGCAUUUGCUAUGGGCCUAUUGUUUACCUUUUUGUUGGUAACACUUUGAUAUCUUGAUAAUAUACAGAUAUUCAUAGGGCAAACCUACGUAUGAAAUAGUAACAAAAAGGCCGCCCUGCCUCUGUUUUGGUAUAAAGCUGAGCGAUGGGCCUGGAGAAAUGUAACCACUCUCAGAUUAAUAGACAGCUAUGGAUGCAAGGACUCUGACCAUCAAUGAUAUCAAAAUUAUAGUUUUAACCAUGUUAUAAGGUUACACAGUGUUUUUUUACAUUUACAAUGUUUACAAACAUUGGAGAUAAACAAGCUUAUAUUUUGGCUUCUCAUGAAGUGUGACAGUUGAACUAAGCUGAUGAGGCAUUUAUACAGUUGAAGUCCGAAGUUUACAAACACUUAGGUUGGAGUCAUUAAAACUUGUUUUUCAACCACUCCACAAAUUUCUUGUUAACAAACUAUAGUUUUGGCAAGUCGGUUAGGACAUCUACUUUGUGCAUGACACAAGUCAUUUUUACAACAAUUGUUUACAGACAGAUUAUUUCACUUAUAAUUCACUGUAUCACAAUUCCAGUGGGUCAGAAGUUUACAUACACUAAGUUGACUGUGCUUAUAAACAGCUUGGAAAAUUCCAGAAAAUGCUGUCAUGGCUUUAAAAGCUUCUGAUAGGCUAAUUGACAUCAUUUGAGUCAAUUGGAGGUAUACCUGUGGAUGUAUUUCAAGGCUUCAAACUCAGUGCCUCUUUGCUUGACAUUAUGGGAAAAUCAAAAGAAAUCAGCCAAGACCUCAGAAAAAAGAUUGUAGACCUCCACAAGUCUGGUUCAUCCUUGGGAGCAAUUUGCAAAUGCCUGAAGGUACCAUGUUCAUCUGUACAAACAAUAGUACACAAGUAUAUCCACCAUGGGACCACGCAGCCGCUAGGAAGGAGAAGCGUUCUAUCUCCUAGAUAUGAACGUACUUUGCUGCGAAAAGUGCAAAUCAUUCCCAGAACAACAGCAAAGGACCUUGUGAAGAUGCUGGAGGAAACAGGUACAAAAGUAUCUACAUCCACAGUAAAACGAGUCCUACAGCGACAUAACCUGAAAGGCCGCUCAGCAAGGAAGAAGCCAAUGCUCCAAAACCGUCAUAAAUAAGCCAGACUACAGUUUGCAACUGCACAUAGGGACAAACAUAGUACUUUUUGGAGAAAUGUCCUCUGGUCUGAUAAAAAAAAAAAAAUAGAACUGUUUGGCCAUAAUAUUUGAAGGAAAAAGGGGGAGGCUUGCAAGCCGAAGAACACCAUCCCAACCGUGAAGCACGGGGGUGGCAGCAUCAUGUUGUGGGGGGCUUUGCUGCAGGAGGGACUGCUGCACUUCACAAAAUAGAUGGUGGAAAAGUGAGGGGAAGAAAUUGUGGAUAUGUUGAAGCAACAUCUCAAGACAUCAGUCAAGAAGUUAAAGCUUGGUUGCAAAUGGGUCUUCCAAAUGGACAAUGACCCCAAGCAUACUUCCAAAGCUGUGGCAAAAUGGCUUAAGGACUACAAAGUCAAGGUAUUGGAGUGGCCAUCACAAAGCCCUGACCUCAAUCCUAUAGGAGAUUUGUGUGCAGAACUGAAAAAGCAUGUGCAAGCAAAGAGGCCUACAAACCUGGCUCAGUUACACCAGCUCUGUCAGGAGGAAUGGGCCAAAAUUCACCCAACUUAUUGAGGGAAGCUUGUGGAAGCCUACCCGAAACAUUUGACCCAAUUUAAACAAUUUAAAGGCAAUGCUACCAAAUACUAAUUGAGUGCAUGUAAACUUCUGACCCAUGGGAAUGUGAUGAAAGAAAUAAAAGCUGAAAUAAAUCAUUCUCUCUACUAUUAUUCUGACAUUUCACAUUCUUCAAAUAAAGUGGAGAUCCUAACUGACCUAAGACAAGGACUUUUUACUCGGAUUAAAUGUCAGGAAUUGUGAGAAACUGAGUUUAAAUGUAUUUGAUUAAGAUGUAUGUAAACUUCCGACUUCAAAUGUAUGUAUGUACAUUACAUUAAUGUUACAUUACAUUAAUGUUAUGGUAUGUUUGUGGCAACUACAGAUUUCCCCUUUAACUUCUUAUGGCUGCAUCCCGCUACCUGGAUCGAUAUGACAACAGCCAGUGAAAGUGCAGGGCGCAAAAUUCAAACAUCAGAAAUCUCAUAAUUAAAAUUCCUCAAACAUACAUGUGUCUUAUAUCAUUUUAAAGGUAAUCUUGUUGUUAAUCCCACCAAAGUGUCCGAUUUCAAAUAUGCUUUUCAGCGAAAGCACUACAAACGAUUAUGUUAGGUCACCACCAAACCACAAUAAGCACAGCCAUUUUUCCAGCGAAAUAUAGCAGUCAGAAAAAGCAGAAAUAGAGAUCAAAUUAAUCACUAACCUUUGAUUAUCUUCAUCAGAUGACACUCAUAGGACUUCAUGUUACACAAUACAUGCAUGUUUUGUUUGAUAAAGUUCAUAUUUAUAACAAAAAAUCGGAGUUUACAGUGGCGCGUUACAUUCACUAGUUCCAAAAACAUCAAGUGAUUUUGCAUAGCCACAUCGUUUCAACAGAAAUACUCAUCAUAAAUGUAGAUGAUAAUACAAGUUAUACACAUGGAAUUAUAGAUAUACCUCUCCUUAAUGCAACCGCUGUGUCAAAUUUCAAAAAAACUUUACGGAAAAAGCAAAUAAUGCGAUAAUCUGAGACGGAGCUCAGAACAAUAGCCAAAUUAGCCGCCAUGUUGGGGUCAACAGAAACCAGAAAAUACAUAAUAAAUGUUUCCUUACCUUUGAUGAACUUCAUCAGAAUGGAGUCCUAGGAAUCCCAGGUCCACAAUAAAUGCUUGAUUUGUUCGAUAAUGUCCGUUAUUUAUGUCCAAUUAGCUACAUUGGUUAACGCGUUUGGUAAACAAUUCCAAAGUCACCAAGCGCGUCCACUAUAACGUGACGAAAUGUCCAAAAGUUCCGUAACAGUCAGUAGAAACAUGUCAAACAAUGUACUGAAUCAAUCUUUAGAAUGUUGUUAACAUACAUCUUGAAUAACGUUCCAACCGGAGAAUUAGAUUUGACUUCAGAAGAGCGGCGGAACGGAGAUCCUCAUGUGAACGUGCAUGUGAAAGCAUGGUCAGUUCAUGGCAGACCUGACUAAUUCCUGUCUCCUUCGGCCCCCCUUCACAUUAGAGUCAUCAGACAAAGUUCUAUUGACUGUUGCCAUCUAGUGGAAGCCGUAGGAAGUGAAAACUCAUCAAUAUCUCGCUGUAAUUUCAAUGAGAGCUUGGUUGAAAAUCUGCCACCUCAGAAAAAAUUCAAACAGGAAGUGGAACUUCUCAGGUUUUUGCCUGCCAUAUGAGUUCUGUUAUACUCACAGACAUAAUUCAAACAGUUUUAGAAACUUCAGAGUGUUUUCUAUCCAAUACGAAUAAUAAUAUGCAUAUAUUAGCAACUGGGACUGAGGAGCAGGCAGUUUACUAUGGGCACCUCUGUGCACCUUUCAUCCAAGCUACUCAAUACUGCCCCUGCAGCCAUAAGAAGUUAAGUCCAUCAAAAGUGUGCGAGUUUGAGCAUGUGUCCAUUAGGCCGCUUUUAUUACAUAGGCUGGGAUCCGCAUUAUGCAGCUGUUGCAAGAGCGCAUGUAUCACUGGCUGUCCACUGGUUUCAAAAACAAUUAUUGAUAGGCAGCUUAAACUUCUCAUUCAACCAUUAUUGGGUUCAAAUACACAUUUAUAUUUCUGAACAGCCAUCCACAACAACCACAAUCCGUAUGGCGCAAAUAGAUAAAUGAGAGAGCAGCAGUGUGAUUCAAAUCAAUGCGCUAUAUAGAUAUCAAUAAUAAGUCAUGUCCGUAUCGCCGUAGACUACACCACUGCUCUCGUCCUUACCUCCUAGCGUUUAUUUAAGUUGGAUAAUCUUUAGAUGCCGACAGCAGUCGCACCAUUGGAUGACAUAGCUUGGACUGUAGCCUACAAAAGUCUAUUCCUGCCCUUUUCCCGCGCUCCAUCAAACACAUUUGGUGUGUCAUCAUAGUGGUCUCUGACUUGUGGUCCGACUCGCUCAGGUGGAACAAACUUGUGCCUUUUUUCAAUGCUGAGUUUGAAUGUCAUUGAGAAAACAGAAGUGUCAAAGAUCCCUGGUAUGCUGCGCAUUCCAAAGCGCCUCUCACUCACAGGCUACAAGUGAAGACCAACACAUCGGGGACGCAACUGCGCGCGUCCUUAUCCAAUUCCGAGGUGCAUAUUGAAGAUAUUGGAAGAACUGUCCACAUUUUACUUUCCGUUGGCCAAUAAGAUCAGUAGGCCUAACGAACAGCAAAAGCACUAGAUAUUGUCAAUUUACUAUCCCCCAUGGUACAAAAGUCGACCUAUUCUGUACAAUAAAUAAAUAUUACAAACAUGUUGUGGGAUGCGUUAGAUCCCAAAUUAAUAAAACCACUAGCAUCAAAAAAACUUUUUUAUGCAAUGUGGCUGACACAACCGAUCAGAAUGUUUAGCUUAAAAUGUUUAUAAACUAUAGGCUAUUUCUUCACAUUAUAGGCGCAGCAAUGCGCUCAUGGUAGUAUUAUCAACAGUGACUGCAAAUGCAAUUGGGCAUUUUAUUAUAAAGGUGCAUUUUUAUGGUGAAAAUUAAGCUCACGUGCUGCUUAUAUAUACCAGUUAUGCUCUACACUCCUUGUAAAGCAGAUUAAUGUACUUCAUUUUAAGAAGUUAUUGGCCUCCCGAGUGAUGCAGUGGUCUAAGGCACUGCAUCGCAAUGCUAGCUGUGCCACUAGAGAUCCUGGUUCGAGUCCAGGCUCUGUCACAGCCGGCCACAACCGGGAGACCCAUGCGGCGGCACACAAUUGGCCCAGCGUCGUCCUGGUUAUGGGAGGGUUUGGCCGGCAGGGAUAUUCUUGUCCCAUCUCGCUCUAGCGACUCCUGUGGCGAGCCGGGCACAAUGCACGCUGACACGGUUGCCAGGUGUUUCCUCCGACGCUUUUCCCUGUGGUUUAUUUUCAUGCCAGCCAGCUAGGAUAUACUCCUGUUGUAAAUAUAAGCAAUGUGUUUAGUAUUAGGAGAGUUGAGAAAUAAAUACAGUAGGUCUAGCCUAUAGAAAGCUGAUGGGAUCCUCAUCUUUUUAUUAGCAGCCAUCACUCUGUUUUCUCCUGCAAUUGCAUAGCCUAUAGAAAUGUUGUGCAACAUGAGCUCAUGGGCUCUCAUGAAGUGUUUGAUUAGAUUAUCGAAUAUGUUUGCAUUGAUGUCAGUGAUUAGAGGGAAAAUAGAGUGCUGAGUACCAGGCAGUUAGCAUGUUUGGUAGGUUACUAAUGACAAGCAGCAGCAUCAGAGCUUGGAGAAGCCUAAUUACCGUCACUAAACGGUCAUGUGUAAUUUGACUGCCUUCAUGACUCGUGACCGCUGGUGUGGCGGUAAUACGGUCACCGCAACAGCCCUAGCUGUGCCUCGGAAGUGCGACACCAACUGAUAUAUUUUGUAAUCAAAGCUCAAGUUUUGAAAUAUAAUAUGGUCGAGAAGAACAAUAUGGGCAGGCCAGUUACAGAACUUUUUAUUAGGUUAAUGGUACAUUCUUUAAGUCUUGUUUAAAGACAAAUUGUGCGGUAGAUCUCGGCACUGGUUUAGGUGAUAGGCUAGGGAUUAAAGAGAUACCAGGGUUGUAUUCAUUAGGACACAGUGUAGCAAAACGGAAACGAUGAGAAAUACAAAAAAAUAAACAAUCUUUUUUUUAUUGGACAAAUUCAGGUAGUCCCUCCCUGCUUGUCUGUUUUCUUCCGUUUGGUGCCUAAUGAAUACGUCCCGGGCCAUAUUACCUUGUUUUUAGGAGUGACAUUAACAGUCUCUCCUCCCCAGGCCUAGUGGUGCAGCAUGUGAUGACCCACGCCCAGAACAAAGGUUCUCUUAGCCAGAGUCGCAGCACAGUGACGCGGGAACACUGCCCCGAUAGGUCACAUGGUGAGACCAUGGGCGGGGCCUGGCCUGAGCGCACGCUGCGAUUCGGCAGGACCAUGAAGAAGGGCGGGACUAAGCGAGGAAGGGGCGGGGUUAAAGAGAUGAUGGACAGGAGGGAGAAGACUCCGGAGCGGAAUAGGAGGCGGAGCAGGAAAUCUUAUCCCUUACGAGGAAGGGGAGGUGCUCCGGAGGAGGAGGGACUUAGCUGUCACGUUUUGCUCACCCGACUGGAGAAGGACAUCCAGGAGCAGGAGGACACCAGUGAGAGGGGGAAUGAUUCGCCAAUUCAACCGCCUGUCAAACCUGAAUCCCGGAGCAAGAAACUGGACAAAGGAAAAGACAAAGCCAAGGGGAAACUCCUGGCAAAGAAGAUGAUACCAAAAACUAAAUCAAAAACCACCAGUGAUGAGCAGGGGUUGCCAUUUCCAGAGCCGCGUAAGCGACGGCUAGCUUCUCUCAACGCCGAGGCCGUGAACAGUCUGCUGUUGGAGAGACCUAACGAGACCCAGCCGGCUUCUAAACAGGCCAGGAGACAGCAGGAUGAGCAUACCAGCGGUGAGUCGUUCCUGGGGACAGAUCCAGCCAGGCGCGGGGUGACCGGAGGUCCUAAUGCUCCAAGAACCAGCAGCAAGGCUUACGCAUCGCACAAGCCUGACCCGUGCCAAAGCUCCAGGAAGACUAAGAAGGUCUCCAAGAAACCAGCCAAACCAGACAGAGGACAGAAGAAAGAGAUGAUGACUUUACAGAUGUUACACACCCCUGCUCCCCGACGGCUAGCUGGACUCAACGCUGCCGCGCUGCUAAAGUUAACGAGCACCUCGGCGACUAGCAAACAGCGAGUGAAAACGACAUCAACGACUACGACGAUGGACUGCAAGGCUACGAGCACCGCAUCAGUUGACGUGGAGCAAAAGCAACCGCAACCGCGACCGAAUCUUAAACCGUGCAGCCGCCAGCCUAAGCAGAAGGGAAGGCAGUUGAUUCCAGAAGAGGUAGGCUGUUCUGCCUGCAAGAAGUCCAACUUUGAGCCCAAAGUGGAGUGGGAGUCUGGCGGUUGCACCCACCGGCUAACCAAACCAGGCUACCAGUCGCGCAGCAUGCUAGCCUACCCGUUGAAGCCCGUCGUCAAAGAAGAGCAGGUGGAGGCAGAGCUGAGCCCAUACUACUGCUGCCCCCCAGAGGGCUCUGUGGAGUACUGCCAUCGCCUGGCCUUGUUCCUGGGUCAGCAGGCCUACGCCGACUCUGAAGAACGACCUUUAAACUCUGCCCUAACCUCUGUGAAACGGGAGUGCCUAGUGACGUCACCCUCCCAUCCCCACUCCCACGCAGCCCUGACCCUCAGCCCCCACCCCUGCCUCUGCACCGCCGACCCCGCCUGCUUCUCCAGCUACUACGUCCACAUCGCCCAUCCUACACACCCUGGAGCUCCGUCAGCCAACCUCAGCUCACGACCUCUGAACUUUGGCUCCUCGACGCUGUGUCCCGGCCGGGUGUCUGGCUCCAAGCUGCUGGGUCCUCCGGUGUCCCAUUCCUCGACGCUGUCCCAUCCUGCCUUCUGUGGCUCAGUGGGCACUCCCUGCUACAGCGAGGCCUGCCGGGUCAGCGGCUACACAUACAGAGCCAUGCAGCCGGUCAACAGCAGGGGGUGCUCUUUCUCCACAGGCUGCUCCGGGUGUACACACAGCAUCAAGACAGAGGGUUACUCCUCCCCCCAGGGUGACCACAACCCCUCCCUCCUGGUUUCUCCCUCUCUCCCCCUCUCAGGCUGUCCCCUCCCUACCACCCCGUCCUCCACCCAGGCCAAGCCCCGUCUCCUCACCCCCCUGUCUGACCGCAGUGUGCCCCAGGCCAGGCUGAAGCUGGCCAGGGAGUGCCCUCAGGGCUCCAAGCCCCCUAACGGCUCUCUGUCCAUGGGGAGAACCAGGCUGUCCCAGAAACAGCCAGCUCCGACACCCAGUCUAUCCCCCGCCAAGCAGAAGAGGGUCAACCACCGACGGGCCACCAACGGGUGGCUGCCUGUAGGAGUGCCCACAGAGAAAGAAGUGUUCAUUGCGGGGGAGGACGAGACGGCCUUACGGCAGUGUUAUGAAGGAGUGCAGAGAGACGGCGAAGUGAUACGUGUCCGAGACACAGUGCUGCUGCGCGCCGGUCCCCGGAAGAAGUCCCUGCCCUACGUCGCCAAGAUAUCAGCGCUAUGGGAGGACCCCAAAUCUGGAGAGCUGAUGAUGAGCCUGUUCUGGUACUAUCGACCUGAACACACACAGGGAGUCCGAGACCCCAGCAUGCACUGUGAGAAUGAGAUUUUUGCAUCUCGGCAUCAAGACGAGAACAGUGUGGCCUGCAUCGAAGACCGAUGCUAUGUUCUCCCACUAGCGCAGUACUGUCGAUUUUGUGCCUUGGUGAAGCGGCGUGCAGAGGGUGUGCCCCCUGGCGCUGCCAGAGUGGUCCCAUGCCCCUCAGACUUCGACCCCCCCGACCACCGCCAGGUGCCCGCCGACAUAGACCCUGAACUGGUGUACCUCUGCCGCCACGUCUACGACUUCCGCUACGGACGCAUCCUAAAGAACCUGCAGUAGGGGACAGCAGAGGACAGGCAGACAGACCAACCGUAGUGGAGCACACGCACUCCUACACAUGGGGCUGAAGGAUGAGAGGGGGAACCCCUGAAGGGUUUUGGGGGUCCCCUGAACUGGAGGGAGGGCUGCUGAAGAAUCAAGUACUGGAGGGGGACCACUGAUAUCUGAAUCCCCAGAAUGGCGUUAAAGGAGUGGGUACUGAAGUACCUUACCCCCUUUUACAACUGUUACUAGGGAGGUGAAGUUUUCACCCCCUCAACUGGAACUAGAACUGUACCGGCUUGGACAGAAGGGAGAGAUCUGCUAGCUGUCCUGGUUAACCAUGUCCUGCUAUACCAGGGCUCAUCACCAUGUGCAUGGACAGCCAUGUUGGUGACCUAACAAGAGGAAGAACUGCGCUACCAGAGCCGUACAGGGCUCGUCAUGACGAUGAUGUUAGAGCCUGAUGUGAUGACAACGUUCUUCUUCAUUUGUGUUUGUCUCUGAGGCAGCUGUGAUCGAGAGGGCACUUGCAGCUUGAACACACACACAAUUAGGUUUUGUGUGUGUGUGUGUGUGUGUGUGUGUGUGUGUGUGUGUGUGUGUGUGUGUGUGUGUGUGUGUGUGUGUGUGUGUGUGUGUGUGUGUGUGUGUGUGUGUGUGUGUGUGUGUGUGUGUGUGUGUGUGUGUGUGUGUGUGUUCAGUCUGUUGGCUACAGUGAAACCACAGGUGCAGGUUCACAAAGGAAGUGGAAGUCUCACCUUCCCCUCCUGCAUUGUCCGAACAGAACACGACACACUAUUCUGAAGUACCCUCAGCGCUGGCUGAGUCUCUAAUCAUACCCUAUUCCCCAUAAAGUGCAUUACUUGGCAGAUAAAUGUUACUGUAUAGCAGGGUUCCCCAAUAGGCAGCCCCCCAAGUUUUCUGAACAAAAUUAUUUUUAUUAAUUUAUUUUUAAAUAAUGGUUUUUGUGGGACAUAAAAAAACAGUGAAAUCAGCUCAAAGUGAUUUUAAUUUAGGAAAUCUGUCAAGUAUUCCCACACAUGAAUGGAGAUGAUCAUAUCCCAGUGGAAUCAAGGUUUGAAAUUAUGUUUUUGUCAAAUACUAUAUCUGUUUGGGAUACAUGUGGUCAAUUUGCAGGGUACAAAUAAUUUAUAACCAUCUUCCGGCUCCCCGACCAUCCGCUCAAGAAGAAAUUGUCCCCGGCUGAAUGUAAUUGGGAACCCCUGCUGUAUAGGGCUUUGGUCAAAGACAGGGCACUAUAUGAAGAAUAGGGUCAUGUGAGAUGAAAUCCCCCCUGACCCCCUUUUUCUGUUCCUAAGAACAGGACUGUCAUCAUGCUUUUGUCCAACGGUCCAAUGGAGAGCCCCCUUACUGUGGAGGGCUAACCUCUCCCAUGCUCUGCAUUGGCCUAUCAGAAGGAGGGUUGUUGAUGUCAGUGCCCACCUCUUUGGAGUGUUCAGAAGGCUGAAACAUUCCAGAACGUUCAAAUGGAAAUGGAACGUAUUGCAGAGACCAUUGCUUACUAUACAUGUCCAUCUUAACUUUCUGUAAUGUUGCACUCUCCUGAACGCGACCCUGUUGUUCCCAUGACUUGCCUUAUGACUUGCAGGUAGAGCUUUAGGCAGCUAGUCCCACCCAAUUAGAAAUUGGAUGAAUAGAAUGGAAAAAGUAUAAAAUCACAGACAAAAUCCACAUAGAUUUCACCCCGGUCAACACUUUGCCAUUGUUGUUUGAGUAGAAUACUGAGAAAGGCUUGGUUUCCUCAGAAAUUCCGAGUGAUAAGCAUUUUAUUCAACAUUACAACAUGGUACAUCCAAUAUGGCUGCUGGUCCACAUGUUGUGGAUCUUUGUCCAUUCUACUCAUUCUACUUCUAUCCCCCCAUUCCUUUCCAUCCUUCGAAGCUCCGCCCUCUCCAAGAUAAACCAAAGGAUGUCACGAAGCAGAGCACCACCACUCCUCUCCUUCUCUUGUCCUCUUCCCUCCUCUCGUCUCCUCCCUCCCUUGUUAGAUUGCACUAAUCCAUUACUUAAUUACAACGUCUAUGAUUGUGUUCUGAUUUAUGUUAAGCUACUAAUAUGUUAUAUUAUAACUGGGGACAAUACUGUGUAUUAUCACUGUCUGUGCGCUUAGUAGAGAAUGGAAACUAAGGCUGUGUCAUGGCAACUUUUAUCAAUGCAUAACUACUUUAUGUGUUUUACUAUUAGAGACAUCCGCCAGCAUACUAUCUAUGUGUUACUUCAGGGGUGGACAACCUUACUCCUAGCGAGCUACUGGGUAUGCAGGCUUUCUCUCCAGCCCUGCUCUAACAACUGAUUAGUAAAAGCAGGUGUGUUAGUCGGAGCAGGGCUGGAGCAAAAACCUGCAUAUUCAGUAGAUCUCCAGGAGGAGUGGUGGUCACCUCUGGUUUAUAUGUUACCUGCUAUCCAACCAACCUGUCAUAUCAUCUAAUGAAACAAUAUGUACAAUGAAAAAUCAUUCCUGUAGAUUGUGGUUCCACACUGGUAUUAUUGUUGUUCAUCCACGCUGUCCAGGGGGGUUCAGGUGAGUUGGCAUCUUGGUGUAGCUCGCUGUCCAGGGGGGUUCAGGUGAGUUGGCAUCUUGGUGUAACUCGCUGUGCGGAAUGACGUAAUGUGAUGUUCCAAAGGUUUGGCUUGGAAUCUCUGAAAAAUGUCCUUUUGAUGCCCGUUAUUGAGAUGUUUUGGUUUUUAACCACAAUCAUUCAACAUUGCCUUGUAACCUUCUGCAGAAGUGUCUGUCCGUCACGUGUAGUCCUAGACAAGCGGCAGUGUCUGACUGAGUUAGUACUUCUUAAAACACUACCUUCGAUUGCUUUCUUACUGUGCAAAUGUUCUAUUGCUGGACUUUGUGCCUAAUCUGCAAAGUUUUGAAUAAUACCCAAAAGCCAUCUGAAACAUUUUCCAUUCUAACAGUUUGAAUCAUACCCCAAAAUAGCGACUAAACAAAGCUUGUAUCGGAUAAAUCAUAUAAAGGUUUAAAUUUAAAUAUUAUCAAUAGGUAUUUUGUUGCUAGUGGUGCCCAGAUUCUUUGAAAAAAAUAUAUAUAUUCUCCUACUUUACAAUUUUUCCUUAUCAAAAAUAUUUUAUUAUGUCAAUUUCUUAAGAUGGCAUAUGCAAUAUAUUUUUCAGAGGGACUAUUUUUGACAAAUGUAUGUGUAAAUCGAGGAAGUAAAACUUUUUCAUUUUAUUUUAGCUUAGUUUUGAAUUUGAAUCACAAGUCAUAAAUUGAGAUUUGACCAAAAACCUGGAAGACGAGAAAUGGGAAGGGUUAGGUUAUGUUUUGGUUAAUUUCUGACUAUAAGGGUUGGUGCAAGAUCUGAGGUCCCUACCUAAAAGAUGUUGGUUACACUUUAUUUUACAGUCCAGUAUUCACUUGGGCCCAGAUUCACAAAACACUUCAUAAGAUUGUCGUAAGUGCAAUUCCUCCACAAUAUUUUAAGAUUUAAUGAUGUUCUUACGAACUUCUCAAAUAUCUUCUUACAAAUCAUCUUAAAAUGUUUGUUGCAAGGAAACCGUUUUAACUAGCUAUCUAGCUUGUAUGCCAAUCAUGGUAGCAUAUUUCUUCCUGAGAUUACUGUUCUAAAACAUGUUUUGGGGUUUAAAAUAAUACGUUUGUGAGUGAAUUAAACAUUUUCAAUUGCUUUCAUGAGCUUUUUCUCUCACUGCCCUGAGUUUAAGACAAGGGUUUGGCUAUCUUUAGAAUUAACAUUUCCAAUAAUUUUAUUUAAGAAUCUAAUUUCUUAACUUUUUACUUAAGGAGAAACAUAAGAAAUCGUGCAAGAACCUUUUUGAGGAAUAGAAACUUGGCAUAACUUUCUUCUUAAGUCUAUAGUUAAGGAAAAAGUGUCAGUUAAGAAGAAAUGUCUUCUUUAAAAAGGUUUUGUGAAUGUGGGCCCUGGUAUUUACUUUAAAUUUGCAUGGUUAAAUGGCAGUUAGUUACCUAAUAUUUACUUAGUAAUUACAUUUUAGUUUCUUAAGGAUUCAUUGGAAAAAGUAUAACUUGGUACCAAGUAGUUACCAACCUGAGUUGAAUUCUUUGAAAUAAUAACCAGAAGGCAGAAGGUGCCAUUUGAGACGUGACCUACUCUGUACCCUGCUGUGGUGUUACCACUUAAUAUCUUUCUGAAUACUAUAUAAAUACCAGCUAAAAGAGGACUGUAAAUAGAGUUUUAUGAAAUUAUUAAGUGUACAUAUUUGAACCCUGACUCUGUGACCCCUGACCCUCUGUAGACAGCAAUUGCACAGUGCAGUAGUAGUAUUUUUUUGCAAGACCUGUAGCUGAUGAUUAUAUUUAAAAAUGAAUACAUAAAUAUUUAAAUGGAGUAAACCAAUACAAUAUAUAAAGAUUUCAAUUUAACUUAUUUGGAUAAUGUGUUUAAUUAAUUGAAAAAAGCCCUCUUGCUAAUAAGACUUUUGUGGUCAAUAAUGAAAAACGAUUGGUUUCUUGUUAUUAGUAAUUUAUGAGUUUGGAGAUUAAAUGAUUGAAUGGAGA